UGGCCUCCGGACUUCCGGUCCCUCCGCCCAGCCGCCCCGCUCAGGGAUGGGAGCGCCUCGCGCAAGCAGGGCGGGGCGGGGCGUGCAGUGCCGUGCGCGUGCGCAGAAGACACGAGAGGGACGAAGCUGAACAUCUGAACCGCCGCCAGGUCCGCUCCGGCUCCACGCCGCCCGUCGCGCCGCCACCCGCGUUCUUCUCCUCCGCCAACGCCGCCGCCGCCAUGGGAGUGCAGGUGGAGACCAUCUCUCCUGGAGACGGGCGCACCUUCCCGAAGCGCGGCCAGACCUGCGUUGUUCACUACACCGGGAUGCUUGAAGAUGGAAAGAAAUUUGACUCCUCUCGGGACAGAAACAAGCCUUUUAAGUUUACACUAGGCAAGCAGGAGGUGAUCCGAGGCUGGGAAGAAGGGGUAGCCCAGAUGAGUGUGGGUCAGAGAGCCAAACUGAUAAUCUCCUCAGACUAUGCAUAUGGAGCCACCGGGCACCCUGGCAUCAUCCCACCACAUGCCACUCUUGUUUUUGAUGUGGAGCUUCUAAAACUGGAAUGACAGAAGUGGCCUCCUCCCUUAGCUCUGCACGUGGAUCUGCCAUGGAGGAAUCUGGUACCUCCAGAUGGGUGCACAUGAAUCCAUGGGGAGCUUUU